AUCAAGAAGUUGCCGCCACCAACUAAACCGUGGUCCUGACCCCUCUCAGUCCACUCUCACACAACAUGCAAACGCUUCAAGUCCGCUUGUUUCCAUUCUGGCAGAGGAUCGAAGGUGGGAUAGGUGGUGCCCAAACGACGUCUACUCGCCGCAGCCAUCGUGCACGGGAUACUGACGAGGAGGAGGAGAACGACGAGGAGCAUAACGACGACAAGGACGAGGAGGAGGAGGAGGAAGAAGAGAAGGAGAAGGAGAAGAACGAGGAUGGGGAAGAGGAAAAAGAAGAGGAGAUGGAGGAGGAGGAUAACGAGGAGGAGGAUAACGACAACGAGGACGACGAGGAGGAGGAGGAAGAAGAGGAGGAGGAGGAGGAGAAGGAGGAUGGGGAAGAGGAAGAAGGAGAGGAGAAGGAGGAGGAGGAGAUCGAGGAGGAGGAGGAGGAGGAAGAAGAGGAAGAAAAAGAGGAAGAGGACGAGGUGGAAGAAGAAGUGGAGCAGGAAAUAGGAGAAGCAAAAGGCGGAAGAGGAGGAGGAGGAGGAGACAAGCGCUCCCGGUAGUAUCGUCGGCUGGCGGGGCCUUUUGCUCUGGUGGAG